AUGUCCUACGACAACGACGCCGUGUCCUACGACAACGACGCCGUGUCCUACGACAACGACGCCGUGUCCUACGACAACGACGCCGUGUCCUACGACAACGACGCCAUGUCCUACGACAACAACACGGUGUCCAACGACCACAAAGAAACCGUGAAGCCGACUCCUCCAACAGAGAAACCGACAAAACCACCGACGAAGAAGCCCACUCCUACGACAGAAAAACCAUGUGAAACAACCAGGAAGCCGACUCCUCCAACAGAGAAACCGACAAAACCACCGACGAAGAAGCCGACUCCUCCAACAGAGAAACCGACAAAACCACCGACGAAGAAGCCGACUCCUCCAACAGAGAAACCGACAAAACCACCGACAAAGAAGCCCACUCCUACGACAGAGAAACCAUGUGAAACGACAAAGAAGCCGACUCCUCCAACAGAGAAACCGACAAACCCACCGACAAAGAAGCCGACUCCUCCAACAGAGAAACCGACAAAACCACCGACAAAGAAGCCGACUCCUCCAACAGAGAAACCGACAAACCCACCGACAAAGAAGCCGACUCCUCCAACAGAGAAACCAUGUGAAACGACAAAGAAGCCGACUCCUCCAACAGAGAAACCGACAAAACCACCGACAAAGAAGCCGACUCCUCCAACAGAGAAACCGACAAACCCACCGACAAAGAAGCCCACUCCUACGACAGAGAAACCAUGUGAAACGACAAAGAAGCCCACUCCUCCAACAGAGAAACCGACAAACCCACCGACUAAGAAGCCCACUCCUACGACAGAAAAACCAUGUGAAACGACCAAGAAGCCCACUCCUCCAACAGAGAAACCGACAAACCCACCGACACAGAAGCCGACUCCUCCAACAGAGAAACCGACAAACCCACCGACAAAGAAGCCCACUCCUCCAACAGAGAAACCGACAAACCCACCGACAAAGAAGCCCACUCCUCCAACAAAGAAACCAUGUAAAACGACGAAGAAGCCAAGACCACCGACUAAGAAACCAUCCCCAUCAUACAACAAAGAAACCGUGUGGAACGACAAGGAAGCAGCACCAUACCACAAAGAAACCGUGUGCACCGACGAAGAAACCGAAUCCUACCCCGAAGAAACCGUGCGCUACAACGAAGAAGCCGUGUGCCCCGACGAAGAAACCGUGUGGUCCGACAAAGAAACCCCAGAAACCUAA